AUGUCUUUACGUCAUUUCAAUGUUGCUUCUUCGUCCAAUUUUCCUCUUCUGCUCCGACUUCUCUACACCCCAUCGGGAUUGCUUCAACGUCUUCAUUUCGUGAGAGCAUUUAAAUUAUUGAAAUUAUAUGAACUGGAGAAAAAUUCUAAAACAACGUCAUCUUCCUAUGUGUUGUACAAUGACUUUCCAACAUCCCAGUCCACUCUAUUUUCUCAUUCCCAAAAUCUCGUCUUUUCACAAGUGAAUACAUUAUUGAAUGAAUGGAAACAAAUCGAUAUUUCUCAUCAAACAAGUUUAGAGAAUUUAGCUGAAAUUUUAAAGAGGAAUCAGCAAGAACGAGUCUAUUCACAAUUGGAAGUGGAUGCAUGUUAUUUUAAGGAAGCACAUAAAAACUCGGAGGAUGAUUUCGAAACAACGGAGAAGUUAAAUCACCCUCUUUUGAACUCGUCUAAAGUUGCAUCAAUAUUUAAUGAAGUGAGCUCUGAAGCACGUUCUCAAUUAGAAGCUUUGCAAAUGAUGGAAAUGGAUCGAUUGUCAAAACUUUCAAUGCAAGUUCAGAAUCAAUUGGGAUGGUGUCCAAUACUUUGGAAAGAUUCACAACAAUAUCAUCUCUAUAUUAAAGGACGUUGCAAACGAGGUCAAGUUAUUGGAAUAUUUCCUGGUAUGGUAUACUCUGAAAACAAUUUAAAAAAGACCAAAGAGAAAUUCAAUCAGAUAAUAUCACACAGAAGUGAUUUUGGAUCUGAAUGGGACUCCACCAACACGGUUAGAAAUAGAUUCCUGGAGGAGAACAUGCAACCCUAUUUACCCAAGAGCACAAACAAUCAACUAUUCAUUAAUGGUAAUUUAGAAUGUGAGCUCUUUUUCAAUACCAUGUAUAAUCAUGAUGAUGUGUUUGAGAAUCUGUCCUUGUCAUUCAACAACCACCAAAACCAACAACGACAUUCCCGAAAAGAAGGUUUUCAAGCGAAAUUGCAUCAGAUUUUAAGCGAAGAUGAAAAUAAUAGAGAUCAAUAUGGACAUUAUAUUGGAACAAGGUUCAUUCAUCCGUUCUCAUUGGUACAUAAGGCCUACCGUGGGAAGCUGUCGAAUGUUGUUGCUUUUCCAUUUCUUGUUCCUCCCCAUCUUCAUCCGACGCUCCUAUCCUACAUUCCGAACAAGAUGUUCGAUUUCAAAAAAUCGAUUACUUCUGGGACAAGUUUAAUACAGAGUGUUGUGUACAUAGCGGAAAGAGAUUUACAUGACGAAGCUGUUGUUGUGGAGCCAUUAUUGAACGUGGAUGCGUAG